AUGGCUGUUCCUGCUCUGGGUUUCGCAAGCCGCCGGGUCCGCCCGGUGGCCUUGGCCGCGGCGAUCUUGGCGAGUUUGCUGGGAAUUCCGGCUGCUUUCGCGCAGCUUCGCUUCGCAGCGCUGGGCAAUUACGGAUUUGACCUUUCGGGGCAAAAAGAAGUGGCGGAAACCCUCAAGAAAACCGCCGCCGAGCAGCGGAUCAGCUUCCUGGUGAGCCCGGGCAGCAACUUUCCCAACGGCGUUUCGGGGGCCAACGACACCAAGUGGGAGGAAAUGUUCGAAGAAGUUUAUUCUGACGAAAAAGGCUCUUUAAGAAUGCCAUUUUUGACUGUUCUUGGCGCUGAAGACUGGUCUGGCAACUACACUGCCAUGCGCGAGAGAACUGAUCUGGUCUACGGCGACGGCUCUUCGGAAGAAACUGUCUCAAACUCCCCCAAGUGGACUUUGCCCAACUGGUGGUACCACUACGCAGUCCACUUCACAGCUUCCACAGGGAGCGCGUUUCUGAGCUCGGGGCACAAAGACAUGAGCGUGGGGCUGGUGUUCAUCGACACUUGGGUCUUGUCUUCUGCUUUUCCCUUCGGAAGCGUCACUGAAAAGGCCUGGCAAGACUUGGAAAGGACUUUGCAAAUUGCCCCCAAAGUCUUCGACUUUAUUCUCCUCGUGGCCAACAGGCCCCUCUACAGCAGCGGCAGCUCCAAGGGCGACUCCGCGCUGCAGUAUUACGUGCAGCCGCUGCUGCAGCAGGCCGGAGUCGACGCCUACAUCUCCGGCUACGACCACGACAUGGAGCUCAUUCAGGAAGAAGACAUCUCUUACAUCAACUGCGGAACCGGAUCUGUUUCCGGCUCGUCCGCGCUGGUGACCGCCUCGGGCUCGAAGUUUUUCAGCGGAGAAAAAGGCUUUUGUUUGUUUGAACUGACAGCUGACGGACUUAUUACGAAGUUCAUAAAUGGAGCCAGUGGAGAAGUUAUGUUUGAACACAAACAGCCGCUGAAGAGCCGGCCGGAGCGUUCAACCAUUGACCAGUUCAACUACCUCAGCGAGAUGCCGGAAGUGGCUUACUACCCCGUCCCGGAAAUGGGAAAGCUGCCCGGCAAAGACGUGUUCGUGCGCGUGGUCGGGACCAUUGGUCUUUGCAUUUUGACUUUUUUGGCGAGUUUGAGCCUCGCAAGUGGCAUUUCGCGGGCCAUGAAGUGA